AUGGCGCAAUCUCAAUGUACCCGCGCCAUUUGCGAUACCUCUUCAUUUCUGGUUGUCUACGGAGACGAGAAUAACUCCGAUAAUUUUGCCAUAUUACGCUACAGAUCCAUUGACUCCUACGCCGAGGACCACGGAAAGGUGUACAACUGUCGACCAGUCGUAGCAAUCUUCUAUGUCGCCUACAUUGUUGUGGUGGCCUUCUUCAUGGUCAACAUCUUCGUCGGUUUUGUCAUCGUUACCUUCCAACAAGAGGGUGAACAGGAGUACAAGGGUUGUGAACUGGAUAAAAAUCAGGUAAAUUAG